AUGACCGUGAAGUUCAACGUCGCCAUCCCCAUCGAAGAGCUCAAGGCCCCCGAACUCGGGCACGGCGGGUACGAGGGCCUGAACCCUCGGUCUGAGAUCCUACCGCAAGGCCACACAACCGCAGCCGGAAGACGCGCUCUACCAUGCGAUAUCCAGGUUGAUCACGAUGUCGCUAUCGUCGUGCGAGACGGCUGCACAUUGUACGCUGAUAUCCAUCGCCCCCCCGAUUCACCCAGCCUGCACCGGUCCACCCCCGCCAUCGUCUGCUGGGGUCCGUUCGGGAAGAAAUUCAACGGCAUCGAAUCCCUGCGGCUCAUGACGCCGUGGAAUCUAGGGAUACCGGAUGGAACGCUGAGCGGGCUCGAGAAAUUCGAGGCGCCGGAUCCAGCGGAGUUUGUGCCGCGCGGGUAUGCGAUUGUCAAUGUCGACUCGCGCGGCGCGUUUGAUUCCCAGGGCCGCAUGGCGAUCAUGGGCACGCAGGAAGCGCAGGAUGGAUAUGAUGUGAUUGAAUGGAUUGCGCAGCAGCAGUGGUGUAAUGGGAGUGUGGGGAUGGCGGGGAACUCGCAUCUGGCUAUCAUCCAGUGGUUUAUUGCGGCGCUGCAGCCGCCGUCGUUGAAGGCUAUUGCCCCUUGGGAGGGCUGUGGGGAUCUCUACCGCGAGCAGUUUGCCCGGGGGGGUAUAUAUGGCGGGGAUUUGUUCGACCAUCUUAUUGUUAAGUAUAUGCUGCGUGGGCGGCAGGGGAUGGAGAGCUUUCGGGAGAUGUAUAAGCAGCACCCGCUUGCCUCGGACUGGUGGAAUGACAAGAGGCCUGAUAUGAGGAAGAUCAAUAUUCCAACGUAUAUCACCGGGACCUGGACGAAUACCAUGCACGGCAUGGGUGCCAUUCGCGGCUUGGUGGAGGUGCAGUCGCCGCAUAAAUGGCUGCGCUGGCAUCCUUACCAGGAAUGGUACGAUCUAUGGGGAAACCCAGACGCAACCACUGAGCUGCUUAGUUUCUUCGACCGGUAUUUAAAAGGCGUGGAGAAUGGCUGGGAAGAUACUCCGCGCGUCAGGAUGGCCAUUCUGCGGUACGGCGAGAGCAAUCCGAUAGCCAACAUCGCCGAGCCGGACUUUCCAUUACCACGCACCGUCUAUCGCAAGGCGUACCUUGACAAGGAGGGCUUGCUUCUGGACCAGCCGUCAUCAACCUCAGGGGCAGUCUCUUAUAACCCCGAAGAUCCCGGAGAUACGGCCAAGUUCACGUACACGUUCGCCCAGCGCACGCAGCUGGUCGGCAUCCCCAAGGCCGUGCUCUACAUGCGGUGCGACGACUACGACGACAUGGACGUUUUCGUGGUCCUGAGCAAGCUGUCUGCGUCUGGGGAGCUCAUGUAUAACCUCAAUAUACCGUGGAAAGGCCUGCCCGUGUCGUCUAUUGAUGAAAUCCCAUCCGACAAGCGGACAGAGGUUAUCCUCUACCAAGGCCCAACGGGGAUUCUUCGCGCAUCGAACCGCGCGAUCGACAGUGCCAAAUCCAUGCAUCCGAACUGGCCAUUAUACACACACGAAAAGGAAGACAAGAUCAAGCCUGGCACAGUCACGCGUUUGGAAAUCGGGAUCUGGGGAAUGGGGGUGGAGUAUGAAGCAGGCGAGAGUCUGCAGCUGCGCGUCAGUGGGCAUUACCAGGGGAUUUCGAAUUUCGGGACACCCGACCAUGUCAGGAAUAAAGGAUUUCAUUGGGUUCAUACUGGGGGGGAGUAUGACAGUCAUUUGGUGUUGCCGUUUGUAUAG